GAGGGCGUACUUGUAAUUCUGCAACAAAAACCACCACGCUGCAGGGUUUAUGCUCUUCUUGGCUUCUGCUCGUUGAAGCUCGACCAUGGAGAGCUCCUCUACUUUCCGCCGUAGUGCCUGAGCAGACCCUACCAGCAUGAGGUAUUUCCGGAUCACUUCCUCACCAUUUUUACGCCAUUUAAAACCAAUUUCUCAAAACCCUAUAUUCGUUUCCCAGAGAUCCGAAAAUUCUGAUCUCUUAGGGUUUAUUCGAUCUAAUAGUGGGCUUUCACCGUCACAUGCCUAUGCGAAACCCGUUUGGCCAUGGAAGCACUUUAGUUCCGUUCGUGAAUUCACAUCUUCAGCUCAAGAAUCGAAGCCGGUUCCCUCCGAGAGGGUUUCGGCCAUCGUAGACGAAAUAUCCGGCCUCACGUUGCUGGAAGUGGCCGACCUAACAGAUGUGUUGAGGAAUAAAUUAGGCUUCAAGGAGAUGCCAAUCAUGGCGAUGAUGAUGCCGGGGAUGGGGAUGGGCAGCGUGAGGGGGCCAGCGAAGGGCUGCGCGGCGGCGAAGGGGGAGGAGAAGGCGGCGGAGAAGACGGCUUUUGAUUUGAAGCUGGAGGGGUUUGAUGCCACGGCUAAGAUUAAAAUAAUUAAGGAGGUGAGGACGUUUACGGAUUUAGGACUGAAGGAGGCCAAGGAUUUGGUGGAGAAGGCCCCUACGCUUUUGAAGAAGGGCGUGCCAAAGGAGGAAGCGGAGAAGAUUGUUGAGAAAAUGAAGGAGGUCGGAGCAAAAGUGACAAUGGAAUAAGAGACUUUCCCAAACAAAAAGGUCAAGGACUAGAAGCAGAAGAAGAGGAAGAAGGAGAAGAAGUGCAAAGCAUGAAUCAGAACUAGCAGCGGGAGAUGUUUGGUACUGGAAUUAUUAAUGGCAGACAGUGGAGACAAAUGUAGGUUUUUUGAUAGAUAAUACAGAGCAUCAUUUUUUGAACAACUAAAAUUUUCCAUUGGCUUGGGUCAAGCACAAGAGGGUUCAGUGUAUCAUGUGGCUCGAAUGCUUAAGAUUGGGGUUGUUUUCAUUCUUAAUGAUUCGCAGCCCCCUGUAAUUGAAACUGAAUUCUGUAUAAUGAGGCAUGCAUGGGGCCUGAUUGGAGUAAUGAAAUUUUCAAUUUAGCCAUUUCUGCCCCCAUGGAUUGCCAAUUUCAACCUUUUCUAGGGUUUCUAGUCCCUUUCUUGUAGUAUUGGUAACUUGGACAAGCAAUUAGUUUUAAUGACUUGACUCUCAUUUUUGUAUUGCUGGACGCUAGGCUCCCUGAGCUUUACCAUCUCAUUCUCAUUCUCAUUAUUCAUCAGGAAUGAAUUUGGGAUUAUAAUUCUA